AUGUCCAAAAAAGUUUUGUCUGUUAAAUUUAACAACGGACUCUCUUGUCCUAUUCUUGGUUUGGGCACGUGGAAGUCGAAACCUGGCGAAGUAUAUGAUGCAGUCAGUUCUGCGAUUGAUGUGGGUUAUCGUCAUAUAGAUUGUGCGUACCUUUAUGGAAACGAGAGAGAGGUUGGACAAGCAAUCCAAGACAAGAUAAGAAGUGGUGUCGUCAAAAGGGAAAAUUUGUUUAUCACUUCGAAAUUAUGGAAUACGUAUCAUCGUCCGGAUUUAGUAGAACCAGCUAUAAGAGUGUCUUUAUCAAGUCUCGGAUUGCAAUAUCUGGACUUAUACCUAAUUCAUUGGCCCAUGGCUUACAAGGAAGGCGAUGAUCCAUUUCCUUCAGAUGCCAAUGGCAAAGUAAUCUAUUCCGAUGUAGAUUAUACAGAUACAUGGAAAGCAAUGGAAAAUCUUGUCGAACAAGGUUUAACGAGGAGCAUCGGUCUCAGCAACUUCAAUUCAAAACAGAUCGAUCGUGUUUUGCAGAUUGCUAAAAUUAAGCCUGUUACGAACCAAGUAGAAUGUCACCCAUACCUAAGCCAAAGGAAACUUCUUGAAUUUUGCCAAGAAAGGAGAAUAAUAUUAACAGCAUACAGUCCACUUGGCAGUCCAGAUCGCCCUUGGGCGAAGCCGGGCGACCCAACCCUGUUGGACGAUCCAAAAGUGAAAUUAGUUGCCGAAAAGUUAAAGAAAACACCGGCUCAAAUUUUAAUUAGAUACGCCAUCGAUUGCGGUAUCAUUGUCAUACCAAAAUCAGUGAACAAAACGCGUAUUGCUGAUAACUUCAAUGUGUGGGACUUCAAAUUAUCAAAGGAGGAUAUUGACGUGAUUAGCAGUCUCGAUUGUAACGGUCGUCUUAUACCCCAAGCCGAAGGCCGAGAACACAAGGAUCAUCCUUUCAUCAAAGAAGAAUUUUGA